GAGGCUGGUCUGGUUUGCGCUGCGCUGUGCAGGGAACAGAGCAAGCAGGGCCGUGGCGUUAACGAGACUGCCACGGGGGGAGGAAGGGAGGGAGGGAGCGAGGUAAUACCCCGGCUCUUAUUGUGACAUGGCGGUUUCGUGCUAGCAUGAAGACAAGCUGAAUGAUCCCGUUUCUCUAAAUGAUUAUCCAGAGUAGCCGAAGCAAGAGAAACAGAAAGAUUAGGUAGAGGGUGUAUGUGGCCGGCUAUUUAACAGCAGUGCCCACUGCGCGGCACCGAUCCUUAUUAUCGCAGGAAUUCAAAAAGGCGCAGGUCCGACACGGAAGAACAACACAGGGGAUCAUUUGUUCUUAUAAUUACAUAUUGCACGAUAAGAUUACCGACCGAGCACGGGGAGAGUCCUGCAACACCAAUAACUGCAAAAGCAACAAAACACACGGCUGGUAAUUUAAAAAAAACAACAGCCUUUUUCUUCUGAAUGUGUGUGUGUGAAGAUCGUUCAAGGAGGAGCGGUGUUUCUUCAUUGCUCGGCUGGAUGUUUUAAGUGAAAGUGAGUGCGGACAGUGUGGGUCUGUGUUGUAGGUUCAGCUGGUUCCCUCAUUGAAAAUGCUCUUCCCUUUGCCGUGAGCAGCCACUUUGCUGCCGUCGCUACUGGUACCCGCUUGGAAAGUCAUGAGCACCAGGGACCGGUCUUCCAUUCCGACCCGCACACAGCAGCACAAACACCGCCUAACCAGCAGCACCAGCACCGCGACCUGCCCGGGCCGAGCGGCGCCCCGCUCGGAGUAACACUCGCCCGGCGCCAGGCGCCUAAACAGGGGGGGGAACAGACAACGCAGCAGCGGUGACUGCGAGGGAUGCCAGUGAAUUCGUGCAGGCACUUCUGACACCGGCCUCAAACAGACAUGAGAACGGAGGAAUAGCAAUGAAAGGCGUUGGCUGCCGGUAUGCUUCAGAGUCUGUUUAAAGAGCCCAUCGCAGUGAUUUGAGACUCGUAGCGGAGACCGCAGAGCACGGUGGAAAUCCGGCUCGCACCCCUCCACCCCCCUCCCCAAGUCCCAGCCAAUCAAAUGCACCCGGACAGUAAACUGACCAAUCAUGGCAAGCAAGUGAACAGCAGCGCCCAAUCACAGCACCAGAAUGUAAGCCAGGGGCCCGCCGGCAGCCUGGGGUCGAAGGGCGCGGGGGCGGGGAAUCAUGGUGGCGGAGGAGGAGGCAAAGCCAAUCAGAUCUCUCCGGGGAACUCGGGGCUCAAGAGCCAGGCAGGGGGGGGCGUUGGGCCCCUGAAGGGGAAGAGGGAGCGCAGCGUCUCCAUCGACUCCGGGGAGCAGAGAGAGGCCCUGACCCCCAGCCUCGAACCCGACUCCAAAGUAGAGGGCGUGAUGCGCAGUAAGCGCCGCUGCGUUCUGGAGAAGAAGCAGCCCUACAGCGGGGACGAGUGGUGCUCGGGAGCGGAGAGCGAGGAGGAGGAGGACAAGCCAAUCACAGCUGCCCCUGGCCCUGCCAAGCACCGAGGGGAUCACUCGAGGGCAGGCCCCCCCCAGCCGCCCCCUGGUUCGAACCCGCUCUCCUCGCUCUGUGAAUCAGCUUCCUCGGUGGUGCCGCUGGGCAUGGGAGCAGGGCUUCGCGCUGAGCUGGGCUCCGGCCCCAAACCCCUGGUCUACGUCUUUACCACCAACCUCGCCAACAGUGCUGCCGAGGCGGUGAUGCAGGGCCGGGCGGAUUCCAUCGUGGUGUUUCACCAGCAAACCGUCCCGCGCACCAAACUGGACAAGUGCCUCCCGCCUCCCUCCAAGGUCCUUGGCCUUCCUGAUCAGCUCCACGCUGCCACCCCUCCAGGCGGGACCCCCAAAUCGCAGAGCGGCACCCCCAGACCUUCCUCGAGCGGGCAGCUGAACCCAGCCGGCACCCCCUCUUCCGUGGGACCCCCAGAAGGAGCGACAGACGAGCCCCCAGAUGCCCUGACUCUGCCCUCGUCUUCGGGGGGCAACAAGAAAAGCAGCAGCACUAACAAUCACAGCAACAACAGCCUCCCCCCGUCCGGGGGCAGUGCGACCAACAGCAGCUCCUCAAAACCACUUCCAGGAUUGGUAGAGCCUCCCAGCGUCCCGCCCACCCCUCCUCCCCCUGCCCCUGCCCAGCAAGGAGAUUCGGACCCUGGGAACGUGCCAGCCCAGAGGGGCGGGAACACAGAGGGUCUCUCCAAGCAGCAGCUGGAGCACAGGGAGCGCUCCUUGCAGACCCUGAGAGACAUUGAGCGCUUGCUGCUCCGCAGUGGUGGGGGGGGUGGCGUAGUCGGUCCAGGAGGAGAUCCCAGUACUAAUAACAACAACAACAACGGGAGCUUGGGGCCAAACUGCAGUAAUAACGGACCCAACAGCAGCCCCCAAGCCCCCCCUCCUCCUGCCCUGGGAGGGAACCCAAACCAGCAGCAGCAAGUCAAGAAAUACGAAGAGCCUCUGCAGUCUAUUAUCUCCCAGACACAAAGCCUGGUUGGCGGGCUGGAUGAGCCCGCCAUGUCCCAAGGGGGUUGUGGGGGUCCUCCUCCUCCGCAUCUCCAACACCCCCACCCUCCUCACUCCCACAUGCACCCCUCCCACCACGGCCUGCCCCCCCACUCCUCCCCGUCCUCCCUGGACAUGUGCCUGCUGAUGAACCAGCAGGACGGGCUGACACCCGAGCAGAUGGCCUGGCGCAAGCUGCAGGAGGAGUACUACCAGGAGAAGCGUAGGAAGCAGGAGCAGAUUGGGCUGCACCCCCACCCGCACCCCAGGAUGAUGGGAGACGGGGGCCCCGAAAUGGGCAUGACUGGGAUGAUUAGGGGCCCUCCGCCUCCUUAUCACAGCAAAGCCGGGGAGCCGCUGCCACCCCAGCAGCAGCAGUGGCUCCCAGGAAUGGCAGGGGGUGGGGGCAACGGAGGCAGAAUGCUAGAGAUGCACCUUGAGGGAGGGGGUCCAAGGGGGCCUCGCUUCCAUCCUGGCAUGCAGAGGCUGGGGCCCGGGCCUGGGGGCGGGGGGUACCCUGGAGGGGGCAACCCUGGAGGAAUGAUGGGCCUGGAUCCAAUGGGCCCCAUGAACCCCAUGCAGAGGCCUCCGGGCCGGCCCAGUAUGGGCUGGCUGGAGGACAUGCCCCCGAUGGGAGGAGGAGGAGGUGGUGGUGGCCCCCCAGUUGGUUUUGGGGGGUAUCCACCCAUGCAGCACCUGCAGGGGGACCCCGAAAGAAUGCUGAACCCCAGGGCUAGGGAGGAGAUGUUCCGCAUGAUGGAGAAGAGGCAGAUACAAGGAAUGCAGAGGCAGGCAGCCAUGAACCAGGCGAUGGAGAUGGAGAGGAUGCAGCAGCAGCAGCAGGGGGGAGGCAACGGGCCAAGGAUGAUGGAGCAAGCUGGGGGUCCAGGAGGGGGGUUCGCUAACUCAGUGGGGGACCCCAUGGAUUUUCCAGGGUCCCGGGCCAUGAUGGGGUCUCCGAUGGGGGGUGUGGGGUGCGGAGGGGGUCACCAGCAGCCCCCCAUGAGAGAAUUGGUUGAGCAUCAAAUGGGGAACCUGAACAUGAACAUGAACGUGAAUAUGAACAUGAACCUCAAUCUGCAGAUGAACCAGCAGCAGCAGCAGAUGCUCAUGACCCAGAAAAUGAGGCUAGCGGGGGGUCCCCUCAACGAGCUUCUGCACCAGGAGGAGAUGGCCCGAUCCCGAGCACAGAACGGAGGGGGGAUGGCCGGGAACAAGAUGAUGAUGCCGGGUGGCGGACCCUUCCCUAAUCAAGGACCCUUCCCUGGGGGCCCAGGAGGCUACCUGCCCCAGGACAUGGGCAACCCCCAAACCCCGCAAGAAAUGUUCAGCCCCGACCAGCAAGGGCCGCCCAUGGGGGGCACCUCCAGACUGAGCCACAUGCCCCGCAGUGGUGGGGGAGUUCUGGGGGGGCGCAGACCCUCUGACCUCACCAUCAACGUUCACCCCAUGAACUCCCCCGGCAUGCCUCCCCACCACCUGAAAUCCCCCACCGUCAACCAGGUGCACUCCCCCAUGCUUCCCUCCCCCUCGCCGGCCGGCCUCAAGUCUCCCCAGCUGUCCUCGCUAGGGGGACCCCCCAAUCCCGGCCCCCCGCCCUCCUCUUCCAUGAAAUCGUCCCCGCAGGUGCUCGGACCCUCAUCUCUGGGGGUGCGCUCUCCCACAGGGGGGUCCCCCAGUAGGCUCAAGUCUCCCUCGGUGCCCGUCCCCUCCCCUGGUGCUUGGGCCCCCUCCCCAAAGACUGCACUACCCAGCCCGGGGGUGCCUCAGGGGGGUAAGGGCGGGAACGCCAUGGACUCAGGCCCCCACCCCCCACGGAGCAACACCUGCGGAGGCAUCAAUCCCAGCAUGCCGUUCACCUCCUCCCCGGGAGGCGCUCCUUCCCAGAACCCCCUGUCCCUCAUCAUGUCCCAGAUGUCGAAGUACGCCAUGCCCAGCUCCACACCCCUCUACCACGACGCCAUCAAGACCAUCGCCACCUCGGACGACGAGCUCCUGCCAGACCGCCCCCUGCUGCCCGGAGGGAACAUGGCAGGUGAGAGCAGAGGGGCGCGGGUAGUGAUCCUAGACAGGCAGGGCUGUCUAGUCAUGGUCCUGGAGAGCUGUGAUUCCACUCCAGGUUUAACAGGUGUCGGGGGUAACCACCAGCCCCCUCCGAUGCACAGCCCCAUGGGAAUGGUCCUGCCAGGGCAGCAGCCCCCUCUAUCCCACGAUCCCUCUGGGCCAAUGCUACACUCCCCAAACCCUAUGAACAUGCCCAGCAUGCACGGCGGUGGGGGGAACCCCAUGCUCAUGGCGGGGGGCCCUCAGGAUCACAUGGGCCCCCGGAACGGCUCCCCCAUGCUGCCCCAAAACCAAAUGGGUGGGGGUGUAACCGGAGGAGGGUUUCCCAGACUGCAACCCCCUCCCCACGGACCCAUGCACUCCCCUGGGAUGGGAAUGGGAGCGGGGCUGCCUCAAGCCUACCCCCCCGGCAUGACUCUGCCCCCUCCGGAUGAGGUCAUGGUGCCUCAUCCAGGACAGAUGCACCUCCUGAAGGGCUUGUCCCACCAGCAGCAGCAGCAGCAGCAGCAGCACAGGCCCCCCUCAGCCUCCUAUCUGGGGGACGCAGACCUGAGCGAUGUGAUCCGCUCCACUCCGACGGGCAUCCCCGAGUUCGACCUCUCUCGGAUCAUCCCGUCGGAGAAGCCCAGCAGCACCCUGCAGUACUUUCCCAAGAGCAAUGAGUCCCUGCAGCAACAGCAGCCUCACCACAAGCAGCAGCAGCCUCCAUCCUCCUCCUCCUCCAACCCCCAUCUCAUCAACCUGCAGAACAUGAUGGCAGAGCAGCAGCUGCCCGUCCAGCCCCCUCCCGGCCGCCCCCCCAUGGGGGGUCCCAGAUCCAUGGGGGGGAUGGGGGGCAUGCAGAUGUGCCACCCAGGCCAUAUGAUGGGCAGGACAGCCAUGCCCCCUCCCCAGCAGGGCAUGAUGGUGAACAACAUGCACCCCCACCCGGGUGUCAUGUCUCCCUCCCAGCACAGCCUCCUGGCCCAGCAGAACCUCAUGAUGAUGCAGGCCAAGCAGCAGCGAAGCAUGUCCGUCUCGGGAGACAUGUACGGCCAGCAGGGGCAUUUAAUGUCCCCCCAGGGGGCUCUGAUGGGCCCGCCGAACCUGCAGCAAGGCAUGAUGGUCCCAGCGCAGAUGAGACAGCGGAGUAUAUCUCUGGAUGGGCCUAUGGGAUACGGACCGGGCAGUAUGGCUAACCUGCCCUUUUAACAAAAAAAAAAAAUAAUGCAUAAAAAAAAACGGUUGUGAAAGACAAACGUUUAAAAAAAAUAUAUAUAUAUUGUGUUUUUUUUCAUUUUUUUCUGUUUGGUCAAUCCUGAUCGUAAUGAUGGUAUUUUAAUUUUUUCAGAAAAUAAAAAUGUAAAAAAAAUAACAGGGACGCCUUUUUAAAACCAGGAUUUUAAAGACUCUUUGGGGGUGGGACGGGACUUGUACGGUUUUAAAACGAAAUCAUAAAAAUAAAAAUGAAGCCAUUUCUUUUAACAGUUAACCGAGGGGCAGGGAGACAGAACUACCCCAAUUCUUUUUUUUUUUUUAUUAUUAUUCUUUUUUUUUUGGCUACCGCACUGUUGUGCAAGGGAUUAGAAAAAAAAGUGCUGUAAAUAACAUGCUGCAAUUUGUGAUCGUUUUCAACUGUUCUGUAUUCCUGUGUUUUAAUAGAAGCCUAAAAAAAAAACUGUGUCAGAAAUCCAAUGAGUUGCGUGUGCACUUUCUUCAUAGCGAAUGGGAUGAGAGGGGGAGUGAAACUGUGUGCUCCACUUCAAAGGGUUUUCAAAUAUGUAUUUUACAUUGUUAGUGCUACAGGACCCCAAAUUAAUAUCAAGAUCUCAGUGUAGACAAGCUAUGUCAUAAACGGUGGCUACUUCAUUGAACAAUUUAACUCUUCCAAAAUGAUAUAUAUAAUUAUAGCUAUCUGUUUCUUUGCCAAAUGAUGCAACUCAUUUUGAUUUAAAUUAAUUAAAAAAAACUAUUUACUUAUUUUUUUUAAUAAUUUCAAUCAAAUGCGUCCUCAUGUUGUGUCCAAGUUUUCAAAGCUGGGGGGGAGUGGCCUCAAUUCUGAGCUGGCACUGCUUACUUUCUCUGAGUUAACCAACUCCAUGCUGGGGGAUCGGGAAGCAGUGAUACCUUUUAAAAUCUUAACAGCAGUUCAGAAAUCCUGGAGAGUGCUUCCAGCGCAGAACAGAGAUUGGGAGCGGAGGAUGCAGCUCGAAAUGAAGGCAGGACAGGUUUAGGACAGAGUUACGUCUUCACAGAGUGGCUAGGGUAUGGCGUGGGAGUCCUGUUAUUGAUGCUGACUCGCUGGGAUACUUCAAGACUCGGCUUUGUACACCACAGUAUAUUUAUUCUAAUACCAUAUAUAGUUUAGUAAUAUCAAAUGGAGCUCCCUGUUGGAUAUGCUGUGAAUAUGCUAUAGCUGAUAUUUCACCUCCUGGUCCUGAGCUGUGAUUACUGAAGGAGCAGUUGAGAGAGAGACAGAGAAGACGAUUUAGAGACAUGAUGCCAAGAAGGCAAGCUGUGAGCACUGGGGAGGAACAGGGGUUGUAUGGGGGAAACAGCUGUGUGACUAAUGUUUUAUUCACAUCACUCCAUACCAUGCUAAGUGUGCAUGCGGUCUUCAUAUUUACAUACCUGCCUGUGUGCAUGUGCUGCGAGUGUGCCUGUGUGCAGAGGCUUGACACAGUAAGUAAAUGUACACCUAGGGUUGAAACCACACCUGUCUAUUUUGGAACCAAGCAUUGCACUGGCAGAACGUAGAGUGGGCGUACUGCUGUGUGGCGCAGGGCAGCGACGCGCUGACUCGUGAGGGCGAGAUCAGGAAGCCUGGUGUGCCGGAUUGCAGCCCGUUCCUGGCACCGGAUCUGUAUGAGGGAGUCCCGGGAAGUGGGUUUACCGGGACGCUGGGAUCGGUCGAGGACAGCCCUCGCGUGCUCCGCUGGGUUUAUGUCCUGUGAUUGGCCAGUGCAGAGUUGUGACACCCUGUUUUUCUUUCCAUCUUUGCAUUGCACGGGCAGUGGGAGCUUGAUUCAAAACAGGCUCAAAGUGUUUACUGAUCUGAGACGUUCUCAUAAAGAAAAAAAAAAUUUGU